AUGAAUGAGUAUAACAGUCGGAUUCUUUCAAAGGACCUUUCCUUAAUAUUAAAUGACGCUGACGACUAUGAUGUUAUUAUUCAAGUUGGUGAUAACCAAAACACAAAAGAAUUUCGUGCACAUUCUGUUAUCUUACGUGCUCGUUCUCCCUAUUUCAAAGGUGCUCUUUCAGCAAAUUGGAUUACAAAGAAAAAUAAUAUGAUGAUGUUUAAUAAACCAAACGUUACUCCAAUUGUUUUCGAAAUGAUUUUAAAGUAUAUUUACAUUGGUGAAAUUAAUUUAACUAAACAAUCGGGUGAAAAUAUUCUUGAAUUGCUAGUUGCAGCUGAUGAGUUACUUUUUGAAGAAUUAUUCGAUCAUGUUCAAAAUUAUUUAAUUGAAAAACAAGCCAAAUGGGUUCAUGAAAAUUUUGUAUUUGUUCUUAAUACUGUACUUAAAUUUCCUAGUUGCAAGAAAUUGCAAGAUUAUUGUCUUGAUUCUACCUGCGAAUAUCCACUACAAUUUUUUUCUUCAAAAAAUUUCCCCUCAAUAAAUAAGGAAAUACUUCUUGGCUUAAUUAAAAGAAACGACUUACGAAUUGAAGAAGUUAUCAUUUGGGAUUAUUUAAUCAAAUGGGGUAUUGAACAAACCCCCGGUCUUGAAAGUAAUAGGGCAAAGUGGAAUGAGGAAAAUUAUAAAGCGUUAAAGAAAACCUUAAAUCAAUUUAUCCCUCUCAUUCGAUUUGUGGAAAUUUCUCGUGCAGAUUUUUUUGAUAAAGUUCGUCCUUACAAAGCUAUUAUUCCUAAACAUAUUUUUGAGGAAAUUGAAGAAUUUUAUUAUAAAGAUACCUUACCAAAAACUACAAUUUUACCACCUAGAACUGGUCUUCCAGAUAAAAAAGAAAGCUUUAAAUCAAAUAUUAUCAAACCAGAACUUGCAAAUAUAAUCGCCAAUUGGAUGGAUAACAAAGAUGCUAAGUUUACUCACACCAUUAAGAAUCCAUUAUAUAAAUUCAAACUUAUUUAUUGUGGUAGCCGUGAUGGAAUUAACAAUAAUUCAUUUAAAAAUAAAUGUAAUGGUCGAGUACCAAGCUUAGUUUUAAUUGAAGAUAAAAAAUCAAACAUGAUUUUUGGAGGAUAUAGUUCUAUCGGAUUUAGCUCAUUAGGAGAUCAAUAUUUAUCUGAAAAUAACGUACGUUAUUACUAUUCAUCAGAUAAUUUUAUUUUUUCAUUUGAAAACAGUGAAGAUGUACAAAAUAUGAAAAUAGGACGUGUAAUUAAUAGUUAUAAAGCCAUUUUGGAAAUGGGAGAUAGUGUUGGGUUUAAUUUUGGUUGGGGUACUUUUGCUAUGAUUAAUCAAACUUUCCAGGUUAAUAAACGGGAUAAUUAUGAAAGUAUUUCAAAUGAAGAACAUAUAACUGGUACUAUUAAAGAGAUAGAAGCAUUUGUUGCCACUAGUCACUAG